CUGCCAUAAGCACUCGAGAACCCGCGAUGCCUCUCGGACCUUCGCUCAGCGGCUACUUCAAAAGUCUUCUGCAGACUCCAGGGUUUCCUCUCGCGCUCGACGCCACCGCAGGUCCCGCAAACAUACUCCCGAAAAGUCGUCCGCCCGAUUCUCGCGCCAUGCGUUAUCCUGUCCUAUUCCCCGGACCCCACAGAACGUCCGUGCCUCAUUCCCGUACAUUCCCUCUCGGUCUAGUCAUACAUCGGUCCCUUGGUAUGCGACACCCCCUCUUAGUGUCGGUCGAGAGCGGUGGUCGAGUGUUACGGCAGAAGAGACUCUGGGGGUCAUGCAAAGCUCUCGGCGCGCGGAUGCUAGUAGGAAGCGUCCUCUUGAUGAAGGGUUAGUGCAUAGUGGGGAUAGUAUCGACGCACCGGCCAGGAAGAAGUUGAGAGCAACUCCACGGAGUGCACGACAAUACUGAGUUCGGUGCUGAAGUGUUCUCCUGCGUAGUGCUGCAGGUCAUUGACGAGCUGGACUUUUGAGUGGAUAAUCUCAGUGAAAAUGGGCUCGCAUCGUUCCCUUCAAUCACAUA